GUGAUGUAGAAAAAUCAUAAUUCUGGCAACUUGAAUAAAAUAAACAGCUAUCAUAACUAGAAUGAUGAUGAAGAAGAUUGCUAAGACUUAUUCGGUGAGAUUUCUGAAGUCCUAAGUUUAAAGUGUGAUGAAAAUUUUAAUCUUUAGUAAAUGUAGGAUGAUAAAGGCUUUUAUUAAUCGAAUAAUUCGAUCCUGAUUAAUUUGAAUGAAGGCAUAAAAAAUAUUUAAGCUAACUACCCUUUGAAGAUUAAUGAAUUUUCACAACAAAAAAUACGCAAGGAUUUCAAUCUCUAUAAGAAUCCAAAAACAGAUGAUGCUUCCAAAAUGCAUCGAUAAAUCAAAAGUAGAAUUUAUAAAUAGUACAUAUCUCGCAGAACUAAAAUGAAGACAAAAUGA